AUGCUUGCAUUGACUGACUUUUUUGUUGGAAUACUUGCUCAGCCCAUCUUCACUGCAGGGACGAUUUCUAUCUUGCUUCAGGAAAGCGAUUGCCAGUCAGGUGUCAUUCAGAUUGGUUUCAUAGUUCUCGCCAACUGCUUGUUCACUAGCUCGGUACUUCACCUGGCGUUAGCGAGUGGCGAGCGCUAUGUAGCCAUUAAAUACCCAUACCAACACAUUACCAUCGUCACAGAGUCUCGUUUGCUGGUCGCGUCUCUUCUAACGUGGCUUCUGGCGGUGACGGUGCACUUUGCACUUGCUAUUAACACGGAUGUAUUUUUUAGCAUUAACAAUACAGUUAUCGGUCUGUCUGUUGCUGUAAUUGUUUGCUGUCAUUUGUCAGUGUUCCUCGAAACUCGCCGACACGAACAGCAAGUCGCAGCGCAGCAAAUUACAGAGGAAGCCAGAAAACAAUUUGAAAAAGAUAAAAAGGUCUUCAAACUAACAUCUACUAUAAUUGGGUUUCUUUUACUUUGUUAUUCUCCGUUAAUGUUUAGUAGAACUGUCCUUUUAAAUUUUUUAAAACCCUCCUUAAAUACCUUUUAUAUAAUUGAUUUUUUCGCUCUCACGGUAGUGUUUUUGAACUCGUUACUAAAUCCUGUGAUUUACUGUAUCAGAAUCAGGCACUUUCGUGUCGCAAUGAUUGAGUUAACAUUUAGAAAUGUGACGUUAGCGAAGGCUGAAGAAAUGGAGAUGCAGUGGUUUGGAGCAAAAAAUGUUGUGGUUGGACGCGAGACUGGGCAA